AAGCGCCACGACUUUUUAAAAAGUCCAUUUUCUGAACCUACUGCACCUUAAUACGAUUUUAACAAACACAUAAGUCAAUUUAAUCGACUACGAUGCGUGUGAGCAUGCGUCCUUAAAAAAUAAACCUGUACGCCAGUUUGCGUUUGAGAGUCGCUAUAUGAAGUGGAUAAGAUUCAACACGUUCCCAUAAGUGAGUACGAAAGUGACGAAUGCCUUUAAUCCAUAUUAUAAGCUAUUAAAACCGUUCAUCGUACGCACACGUUUGCCCAGCGUCGAGCCAUACCAUGCGAUCAUUCGAAAUGUAAAAAUUUAAACUUGAGUUGAUGCUAGGCGCGGACGAGACGCAGUGCAAGUAAUAUCGAAUCAAGAUCAGAUUUUACAAAGUUUGAAUGCUGCUCCUGACUGUGACCAGAUAGCUUUGCUUAUCAAUUUACCUUGACACACGCAUGUUCGGCCGAGAUUAUAUAUAUCAGUUUUAAACGACGCUCUGCAUUGAACAUUGAGCAAGCUUUACGUUUGGUGUUGGAUAAAAAAAAUGGGUGCCAUAUUUUACUCUCUCGUGGUUUUGAUGCAAGUGACUGCGUUGCUGUCUACAUCACCCCCAAAAUGCAAGCCAUCAGACUCCGACUGCCUGAAGUCAGCGGCUCAAGCCUUGACUCCGCUACUCGCGGCUGGCAUGCCCGCGCUCGGCAUGGAGCCGCUAGACAUCAUGCGAGUCGACGAGAUCCGCAUGGACCUGGCCGGCCUGCGGCUCAACAUGACUAACUCCAGUAUCACAGGACUUAAGAACGCUGUUAUUGACAAGAUCAAAUUCGACAUGACUAAACAGCAGCUGGUAAUUUUGUACCACGCUGACGUGGAGCUCACGGGACAGUACAAGGCAGCCGGCCGACUGAUUAUUCUUCCCAUCAGCGGGGAUGGAGACGUCAAGAUAGAACUCAAAAACUACAAUUCAAAGAUGUCGAUACCAUUCACCAUCGUGAAGAACAAGGAAGGCAAGGAUACGAUGCACAUGAAGGAGUUCAAAAACGAAUUUGACAUUAAAGACGGAGCUCACUAUUCGUUGACCAAUCUCUUCAAUGGCAAUAAGGUUUUGAGUGAUAGUAUGCUGAAAUUUAUGAAUGAAAAUUGGAAGCUCCUGUCCACAGAAUUCGGAGGAACGUUGAUGCAGAAACCAAACAAAAAGAUAUUUCACGUAAUUAGAAAGUAUCUACAGAACAAACCCAUAGACGAAAUAUUAGAUGUUUAAGUUUUUAUACCAAAAACUAGUCAUAAAUUAAAUAGACAUGUAUAAAUUGUUGUUAAUGCGACUUGGACCUAGGGCAAUGAUGUGUUAAAUUUUCCAUUCCAUUUUCUAUUAAGCGUACUUCAAGUAAUCAUGUCACUUCAUUGGUAUGUCGCUAAUGACGCUAAUUUAAGUUCCGAAUUAGUGAUAUUAUGCUUUAAUGUCUCACGAGUUCUUAAAGUUAAUAUAUAGAAAAUAAUUUUACUCAAAAUGUGUGUGUCAGCAGAAAGUUUGUAAAAAGUAGGGAUAGUUCUCGAAACAUUCCCGACGAUUAAACAAAAAUCUAAUCUAUAUAUUUAAAAAUGGUAAACUUCGUGCUCCAUACCAAAUAAGGGCCCUUUCGUGUGAAAAUAAAUGAAAAUCUCAAAACUUUUCGUUCGCACUUCGGCUGAGCACUUACUGAUAGCCCUCGGUCCACCUCAUCUUAAAGUAAGAUUCAUAUUGUAUAAGAUCAACUAGUGGCGUUAGUUACCGCCAACUGGGGGAAAAGGGACUGCUGGGGUAAACCAGGGACGAUACUUAAAUUGAGAUUUAAUCAACAAUUUCUUAAUAUCUACACCUACAUAUGUGAUGUGUGGUAGAUAUUAAAAAAUUGUCUGAUAAAUCUCAUUUAAAGUUUUGUCCCUAUUCACCCCAGCCGUCUUUAUUCGCCGUGGUUGACGGUAUUAUUAAUAUUAUCAUCGUGACAAGAAUAUUAAAAUAUUUUAAAGGGCGAAAGGGGAUGUUUUUGGGCCUAAAUUAUAUAGAUUGAACAUCAUGUUACCCUGUAACCUUUGAUGCUUAUUAGCGUUAUUAGCUAGCCAAAUUAAAAAACAAAUCGAUUCUCUCUAGUUAACGUGACUAUGUAGUGAAAUUAACUCAACGGAUGAUAAUCAUGAUUGUGUAAUUGUAAAUGAAGUCCUUUAUAAGCAUUUUGAUAGAUUUUGAAGUACACGCAUUGAUACUUUCUGUAACUUAUUCGACCCUUAUUGGAAAUUUAGGACUUAUUUCCAUAAGAAAGAGAACUAAAGUUGGAGCUAUCUUGCCUUUUGUUACUCCUGUGGCGUGUGACGUACUUUUAAGUAGAUUUGAAAAUAAACCUCAGUCAUUACUAGUUAAGUUUAUGUUUUCAAGACAUGUAUAAAUGACAAGUCGAUUCUAUGUUUCGUAAAUGUACAGUAUUUGGUUUGUAAAUAUAGAACGAUUAAGAUUUUAGAAUAAAACAUGUCAUCGGCAAA